AUGGCAGGCACAAUGCGGCCAAACGACAUGACCGUGUCGACCACACCUACCACUUCAUCCACGAGUACCCUGGCGACUGGCUUCGCAGGCCUCCAGACGGACGUGGUGAAGAAGGCGGCGGCCCCGCGCACGCCGCGCAUCAACGUCGAGCCCCUCUACGCUGCAGUCAAGAGCGCAAUCAGCGAUGCUGACUGGGUUGUGUACAAAAAGGCCCUGGCCUACUUUCUGCUCGGAAACUUGAACCAGGAGGAGCUGCACUUGAAGCUCUCACGCAUUCUCACUACGCCUGCACUCGAGCACGCACAUAACACCCUGCUAAGCGCUGUCUACUCCAACAUAUGGCGAGAUGCGCCCGAGGCAGGGAUUGCGAGCUGGGUGUCUAGCAGCGAUAAGCCGACGAGUGGGACGGUCAAGGGCACGGGCGACGAGAGCGAGAAGCGGCUCAAGUACGAGGUCAUGCAGUUGAGUCGGCGCGAACGAAAACGACUCAAGACGAUACCGGCUAGUGAAUCUGGGGCUGGAGUCGCAACUGAGGGAGCAGUGCCAGGGAGCAUGAGUGCAACGGGGCCUGUGCAAGACUAUGUGGAUGCUAGACGGGCUAAACAGCUCGACGUGGGACCAAGUAGUAUACAAGGCGGCGGCUUUGGGAAAACGAACUGGGAGCUUGAAAUCCGCAAACGCUACACGUCGGCCCUUUCUAUUGAAACCCACGAGUUCCCCACGGCCACUUCGAUAUCCCAUCGCCUUCUCCCCAUCUGCUACGAGUUUGGUCUCCCGCAAGGCCAUACGUCCGACUGUCCCGAAUACCUCAACAUCGCCACGGAAACAUACAUCAAAGAGGCUCUCACCGCCCUGUUAGGUAAAGUCUGCUCCAACGGCCCGGGCUACAUAAGGACAGGCGAAUUCAAGAAGAAAGUCGAGCGCGAAGAGCGCAUGGUGGAGCGUGGAGAACUGGUACGGGGUGCAGGCGGUGAAUUACCUGUUGAAGCCGAGGAGAGGCGACGGCGACGUAUGCUGUGUACCGAAGAUCUGAGGCUAGCGUUGCAGCUGGGUGAUUCGUAUCUGGGCCAGACGCCCUUCUUAGCAGGGAGUAUUUGGAACUCGCGGUGUCUGGAUACGCCGGGUGUGGAGGAUGGCUAUGACAUCUACGAGGCUAAAUCGCACGUCAAUGGUGCUGGACUACUUACCAAUGGGGUCCACGCCAAGGCGAAUGGAAGUGCAUAUGGACUUGGCGGGGAGAUGUGGACGGUAGACUUAGGAGAUGGAGAUCCUAUGCAAUUAGACGACGAGAUGGGCGUGCAAUGGCAGGGGGGUAGCGUGCAGGAUGUUGCAGAGUUGGAUGGCGCGCUUGAUGAUAUUCUGAGUCUUGGGGAUCUAUGA